UGGAGUGGAGGACGGCCAGCCUCAGCAGCCCCGAGCAGCGAUGGACUGACAAACCAAACCUUUAGAAGCGAUGAUCAGACUGGUUUACCAUGGAAAUGGACAUGAUGCCAAAAUUCUCCUCCAAGGACGAGGAAAUUGAAUUCUGGAAGGCUCUUUCCCUCAAGUACAAGAAAGGCUGUGAGGAGGCUCAGGAGGAACUGCUGGAGUUCCAGGAGGGGAGCAGGGAGCUGGAGGCCGAGCUGGAGGCUCAGCUGGGUCAGGCCGAACACCGCAUCAAAGACUUGCAGUCGGAGAACCAAAGACUAAAGAAUGAGGUGGAAACCCUGAAGGAAAGGUUGGAGCAGCAAUACUCUCAGAGCUACAAGCAGAUCUCAGUGCUGGAGGAUGACCUUGGCCAAACUCGUAGCAUCAAGGAGCAGCUCCACAAAUAUGUCAGAGAGCUCGAGCAGUCCAACGAUGACCUGGAGAGAGCCAAGAGAGCCACUAUUGUUUCCCUGGAGAACUUUGAGCAGCGACUGAACCAGGCCAUCGAGAGAAAUGCUUUCCUGGAGAGCGAGCUGGAUGAGAAGGAGUCCCUGCUGGUCUCAGUUCAAAGAUUAAAGGAUGAAGCUAGAGAUUUGCGGCAGGAGCUGGCAGUGCGAGAAAGGCAGGCAGACAUUGGCCGGAUGUCGGCUCCGAGUUCCCCAACGCAGGACAACGUCAAGAUGGACUCUGCUGUGCAAGCGUCGCUCUCCCUCCCUGCUACCCCUCUGAGCAAAAGUCUGGACAACGCCUUCUCCAAUCAAACAGUGCUGUCCAAUGGCUACGGCAGCAACUCCCCGCUGACCCCCUCUGCCAGGAUAUCAGCGCUCAACAUUGUCAGUGACUUACUCCGGAAAGUCGGGGCUCUGGAAUCAAAGCUGGCUGCCUGCAGGAACUUUGCUAAGGAUCAGAAAGCCAGGAAGGCGUACUCUCUGGACAACAGCAACGCCCUGAAUGCAAACACAACCAGCUACACCCAAGCACUCAGUACGUCGUAUUAUGACAAAGCUGGGAAAGUGAACAGACUUGAACCGGGGAGCCUGACGGCCAUCACCUCUGCUCCUGCUGCUUCCUCGCCCGGCUUGGUGCGCCUGGCUGUGUGAGACCCCAUCGGCCAAACGCCGCCCGGCUGCAGCACACAGGAGCACAUUGAACACUUUGUUGCACCGUCUCCUGUUGCACCCUCUUUGUUGCGUUGUGCUCUGUUGUUUUGACCCUUGUGCUUCAUAACCGCUGUAAAGAUGGCUCCAUACGUGAGUAAUGGGUGUUUGUCUAUCCGUCUGGUUCUGACAGAGGCCACAACGGCCUUACUACUUAGCUGACAUGAGUUUGCCGAGUGCAUCAUGUUAAAAAAAGGUUUAAUAUUAUGCAAAUGUUACUCUUUUGAUGACACGAACAGGAAAAUUCUCACUUAUAAGUAACAUUUCUCACAAUUUUACUUAGCAAUAAUAUCAGUUAAACCUUUGGGCUCAUGCAGGCCGCUUUGGUGAACUGAUGUUUAAAUUGUCCAACAGGUGAGUUUAAAGCAUCAUUUUUCUCGUGUUGGAAACUGUUAAAGCUCGUCUCUUUCAUUUACACAUCUAUCCAGUGAGUCUUUGUAGCGAGUAACACAACGUCCCUUUCUGUGACAUGAAGUGUUGGUCAUAUUGAUCCACAGUAGCUGUUGGGCAAUGAAGUGGAAGUUUUUUCAGACAUGUUGCAGGGAUAGUUCGGAUCGUCUCCCAGUGCUGUUACAGAGACACGAUGAGCAGUCAGUAGCUUACCCUUCUGGGGAUUAAGUAAAGGCGGAAACAAGGCCAAAUGUUUUUGUUUUUUUUAAAUAUAGCUCUGAUCGUAAAAAAAGGAAAGAAACUUGAUUGCAGCUCUUAUUUUGAAACUAGUUAUUUAACCUAAAGACUGAAGUUUGUAGUCAAUUUCAAUAUUUUUCAAAGAAAAACUAAACUGUUCAAGUCUAAUUGGUACAUCUAAAAAUCCGAACUAUCCCUUUAUGUAUUGUUCGAACGUUUAAGUAUCUCAACUUUUUUAAUUCACUAAACAAUUUGCCAAUCUUUAAUAGAUGUGAAAUAUAAGACAUUUUGUUUUUUUCAAUGUCAGUUUAGUGCAAUAUUUUUUUCUUUUUACCAUGUGUGGGUAUAUUUAUAAAUUCCUGAUUAUUGGUUGCAUGUACCAAUAAGGAAAAUGUAUUUAUUAUCACGUCACUUCUUUCUGGGGUCAGGGAAGGACUAACAUAUAUAUUAAUCACUUCCUGAUAAUUCAUGGUUUGGACAAACCAAUAGAAACCUUAAACCGGAGGCUUAAAUCCGAUUAAUUAGACUUUACCUUCAGGAGUCACUGCGGAAGAAGUAUAUGACCGUAAAGUUUAGUGGAAGGUAAAAGUGUGCUGGAUUAGAUAAGGUGUACAAGUAAAAUGAUUAACAGAGUCUUUUUGAAGCAAAAUUUACUCCAUACAUGCUGAUAUGGAAGAAAAACAGUCUCAUUGGAAUCUGGCUUUUUUUAACACUGAAUUUUUUUAG